UGCAGGUGUCGGGGCAUUACAGGACAAUUUGGAUGGGCAGAUCAUUUCUCAGGUGCAGCAGCAGCUGGGUGCGUUGCUGCUGCUGUGUGCGUUCUUGUCGUUCGGAGGACUAACCUGUCUGGAGGUCUUCGAGUCCGAGCGCGUCUUGUUUUUGCACGAGCGUGCGAAUGGGUUCUAUCAAGCGGGCAGCUUCUUCCUCUCUAAACUGUUGUUCGACACAGUGCUGCUGCGUAUCAUCCCACCCAUCUUCACCGGCACCCUCUUUUACUUUCUCAUGGACAUGCGUGCUGGGUUUGUGCACUUUGUCGUAUUCAUCACGGUGUUGACGCUCUGCAACCUGACGGCUGCGUCUAUCUGCAUGCUCGUGGGCCUUGCCAUCACCAACCGAGCCCUGGCACUUCUGGUAGCGUCGUUGGUGAUCCUCUUGUCUCUAUCGCUGACUAACCUGUUUAACAAUAGCGGGUCUAUGCCGUCGUGGGCUGCCUGGGUGCACUAUCUGAGCUUCUUCAACUACGCGUACGAGGCACUCGUUAUUAACGAAUUGAAGGACAUUAAUUUCCAAGGGGUAGCUCUAGGCGCUGAAGCCUUGUCGGUGGAGGCCAACCAGUUGCUGGAUGAAUUAGGAUUUGAAGUGGAGAACUACGCUCUGGACAUCUUCGUGUUGACGGGACUGUUUCUGUUGGGGCAGUUGCUGACGUUCCUGCUGUUGCAGUACCGUAUUAAGUUGGUGCGAUAACGGGACGGGUGCGAGGGCGAACUGGGGAGGGGGGGGUGAGGAAAUAGGCGGCGCUUAUUCCGUCACACACACGCGCCGACGCGGAAUAAGUCUUUCGCAGAGAGGCGGAUGCGAUGCAGGCUGCAUGGGAGGGUCAGUUAUCAGUGGUGCAAUGGAGCAAGUCCAAUGCGUAUACGCACUUUGGGUGGACAUAGUUGGUGUACAUAAUUUAUAAGCACUAUGGGGACAUAAUUGCAGGUGUAUAGAAUAUAUAAGCACUUUGUGUGUACGUAGGUGGAGGUGUACAUAUUCUAUAAGCACUUUGUGUGUACGUAAGUGGUGUACAUAAUCUAUAAGCACUGUGUGGACAUAGUUGGAGGUGUACAUAUUCUAUAAGCACUUUGUGUGUACGUAA